AUCAUUCGACGCUCGACGCUUCCAUAUGGUGACAACCGACGCUUCCGUAUGGUCCAAAGUUUGUUUUCGACUUUUCGAGGAAGUUUCCCCGUAUGUGUUCUAGGUAGAAGGAAAGGAGCACACAAUAAAUUUCGACUUUGUGCGAUCACGAUGACAUAAGAGUGAUUGGUAAAAUGGUAUAUACAUAAUUGUAGCUUGUAUUUUAUCUAGCUUCAUAUGGCGUCCUCCUCCUCCUCUUCUUCUUCUUCUUCUUCUUGGGAGCACGACGUGUUCUUGUGCUUCCGAGGCGAGGAUACCCGAGAAGGUUUCACAGGGCAUCUCUACCAGGCGCUAAGCGUGCACUGCGGGAUCAACACGUUCAUGGAUGACCGGCUCCCCAAGGGGAGGGAAAUCUCAGAGCUGCUCGAGAGGAUUGAGAGGUCAAGGAUCUCCAUCGUUAUAUUCUCGCCAAAUUUUGCAUCUUCCAGAUGGUGCCUGGACGAGCUUGCGAAGAUCAUCGAGUGCAAGGACAGGGACGCAGGGCAGGAGGUGCUGCCCGUCUUCUAUAAGGUGGCCCCAACCGAGCUGAGAGGACCCAAGGGCAAGAUGGCCGAGCACCUGGCCAAGCUCAGCGGCAGAGACGCCGAGAUGUUGUCGAGGUGGCGGCUUGCUCUGGAGGAGUUCUCCAACUUGAGAGGAUGGACUUUCAUGCAAGGGGUGGAAUCAGGACUGAUUGCGCAGAUUGUUGAUGAGGUACGAAGCAGAGUGGAUCAUGUCUCUCUUGAUCUUCGGGUAGAUGACCAUGAUGAUGAAAAGGAUAGCUUACAGGUCACAAAGCAUGCAACCGACGGUGCUGAGCACGCAUGCACGAAAGUUGUUGAUGCCAUCAGCACAGUUUUUGCCUUGUGUAUUCUAGCUCUGCACAUCGUACUUUUGGUGGCCGUCAUAAAGGCCUUUAUCGAAGGGGAUGCAUGAUCAGAUCUUUGGAAUCCACCCUUUUAGCUGGAUUUGUGCCGGACCAUGUAUGUAUGUGCUAAAGAUUCGGUAGGCGGUAGCAAGCAAUACAGGAACAGAUAUAGAAGCAUUGGGCAGAUCUAACUUCGAGCCUCUCGGUAGGUUAGAACUUGAAAGGCGGUCGAGGCUCAGCUUCCUGCCAUGACCCCAUGGCUUGAUCUUCUAUUCAUGGAAGAACAGGAGAAGGGCUGGCAGAAGCAGUGUUUUGCCAUUUUGUUGCGCAUAUACCAUUCAAUGCCAACCAAGUGAUGAAUGUAUUUGCAUUUUGCACCUAAUUACCAUAUUCAUCUUUGAAUUGCAA